UCUCGCGAGAAGGGGACGGAUUCCACGUUCUUGUCGUCCGGUAGCAUGGCGGUGUUGUUUGAGGGCUACACGUUGUGCGGACUUGUUCCACCUCAUAACGCUUCACGUUUACCUGUUCAAGGAGUGGAAGAGGGGAGAGAUAGCGACCAUGUCGUCGUAACAGACUCCACCAGGACGGUGACGGUGUAUAAGGUUUCUGACCAGAAGCCGCUGGGCAGCUGGACAGUGAAACAAGGACAGAUUCUGACAUGUUCAGCAGUUUACAACUCGCACACCAAAGAAUAUGUGGCGGUAUCGGACAGCAAGGUGAUAAGAAUUUGGAAAGAAGACAUCCUUUUAGAUAAAGCCUUCAAAGCAACUGUGUCUUCAGAUAUUUGGAAGGUCCACUGUGCACCUGGAGCUGAGCCUGUUGUCUUGUUCCAGAGAGGAGCAGUGAGACUCCUGGAUAAGCUCCUUUCUGCUCCCCAGCAGCACAUAGAAGUAGUUCUGGCACAAGACGAGGUCAUCAGGUGGAGCACCAGUAUUGUGGCAAAGACACAGCAGUGUGUCAUCUUCACAACAGAACAAAAAGGAGAUUAUUUCCUGUACCUGCAGAGACCAAUUCACAACACCCUGCAACGAUAUCGGCUGGAGGAGGAGGAGGAUGGCCUGGCCCCGCUCAGCUUCUCUGCUUCAUACAGGGAUAGAAACAUCUACCUGCUUUAUAUGUACCCAAACGGCCAUGUUUACCAAAGUGCCGUGUCUGUGCGGGACGUGCAGGCUGAUGAGGGAGUGCAGUCUCUUCCACUGCCCCGCAACCUGCUGCUGGCUCUGAACAUUGGAGAGGACCUGCUGGGUGCAGCAGCGGCCCAGGUCCUGGACGAAGCCCACAUAGCUGUUGUGGGAGUUCCACACCCCUCUGCUCAAGCGGGAAAAGACUUCCUCUGCAUUUGGAAUACCAAUUUUCAAACAGUCCAGGCAGGAAAAGAGAUGGCUGGAAAAAUGUAUGGUCAGCUGUGGAUGUAUUCCAACAAGUUAUUUAUUCCACAUGGGAAAACCUUAUCAGUUAUUCCGUAUGAAUGUUCCAAGUCGUCCCUAGCCUCAGCUUUGGGGAAAUUAAGGCAGGCCAGGACUAAAGAGCCUAAAGUGCCAUUGACUGUACCGUCUUGGAGUAAUAUUCUGCACGGAGAGAAUCUCCAGCCAUCUAGAACAGUGGAGUCCAGAAAGACAAGAAUAACACGAAGGACCCAGUCAGUAGCUUCUGUGACAUUAGACCAAGUUCUGGACCUCAGUAAGGCGGCACCAGUAGAUGAGGUCUUGAAAGCAGUAGAACAUUUCCUGUCAAAGACAGAUUUGCAGGAUCUGCAGUCCUCAGUGGGCCAACUCGCCUCAGUCCUCGUGUCCCGGAGCCUGGCUGAUCCAGGCUUCUAUGCAUCCAGAGCUCUGGCACAGCUCGUGUGCUCACAGUGCCUCUGUCACAGUGUGUGUCCUGAACUUAUGCCGUUAGCCCUGGAGAGGAAUGACUACUACUUGUGUCAGCUCUGCCUGCAGUUUUUUCCUGACAUCCCAGAAGCAGUCACCUGUACCUGCCUCAAGGCCUUCAUCAGUUUGUCUGAUGAUAGUGCAGCGAUGGUGACCCUUGACCCUGACAGUGUCUCUUUCAUGGAAACUUUAAUGGAAAGGAGGAGCGGGCAGGAUGGCAUGCAAAAUGGUUUUAGUCCCACUUCCUGUCAGGAUGACUGUUCAAAUGAUUUAAGCAGAAAGACCAGCGCAAAAGAUACAAACAUGAGUUCAGCUCAGCCAAAUCUGCUCUGUCCAGUGGGGCUGCAUAAAGCUGUUCUGCUCAAUGAGGUCUUGCAGACAGCAUUCAGCAAUACUUUCCUCCUUCCUCAGCUAAAAGACCUGACGACCCAGCAAGUUAUGCUUUUCCUCCAGUACCUGCAGUUUCUCUUCCGAAAGUAUUUUGAAGCUGAUUUUCCAGAGUUACAUGGAUUGAGGUCACCAACUCUGAAUCAGAUUAUGGACUGGGUGUGCUUACUGUUGGAUGCCAAUUUCACAGUACUGGUAAUGACUCCAGAGGCUAAAGCUUUACUGCUGAACCUCCACAAAUUUGUGGCAUCUCAGGUGAGGGUUUAUUCUGAACUUGGAAAGCUUGAGAGCAGCCUCAAGGAGCUCCACAAAAUGAAGACAAAGAGGGACAUCAACAAAUACUCCAUCGAAGUCAUUGAGCUGUUCUAGAAUGUAUAAAUAUUUUUCAAUAAAUUGUGCAGUACACAUCUCCUUACAAAUUUUG